UACUUGACUCUUUCAUCAACAAUGCUGAGAGACUAUUAAAGAUGGGCAGCACGCAAGGAAAUGAGAGCUUUAAUAACAUCGUGGCCUCUAAUAAUCCCAAGAACAGGUUCUAUGGUGGUUCUGAGUCCACUGCCUUCAGAGUGGCGGCAGCUGUUUCACAAAAAAAUAUUGGUCAUGAUGCUCUUUCUAAGGUUUAUGAAAACCUAUUACUGUCACCUGGAAAGAAUACACAACUGUUUCUUGCACGUGCUGCAAACAAACGCGCAUAUAACAAGAACAUCAAAUCCAGCAUUGCAUACAAGAAACGCCGCUAUGAACUCAAGUCUUCAACGACAAAACAGGAGUCAACAGCUGAAAUUAAGGAAGGGACAACGCAUCAAUCUGGUGUUGACCUAAAUCCUUCUGCUACAUCUUCAGCAUCCACAGAAGAAAUACCAGAUACAGUUGUACGACAAACGCCAACAGUGGUGGACAAAGGAAACCAUACAUUCAUCUAUUUUGACUUGGAAACCACUGGCUUGGGAACUUCCUGCGAUAUAAUUCAGUUGGCAUGUGUGGCUGGAGAAGACAGUUUCAAUAG